AUGUUGAUGAGUGCACAUCAAAUCCCUGCACUAAUGGAGAUUGUGUUAACACACCUGGAUCCUAUUAUUGUAAAUGUCAUACUGGAUUCCAGAGGACUCCCACCAAGCAAGCAUGCAUUGACAUUGAUGAGUGCAUCCAGAAUGGAAUCCUUUGUAAAAACGGUCGAUGCGUGAACACAGAUGGAAGUUUCCAGUGCAUUUGCAAUGCUGGCUUUGAAUUAACUACAGAUGGAAAAAACUGUGUUGACCAUGAUGAAUGUACAACCACCAACAUGUGCUUGAAUGGGAUGUGCAUCAAUGAAGAUGGAAGCUUCAAGUGCAUUUGUAAACCAGGAUUCGUCUUGGCUCCAAAUGGGCGUUACUGCACUGACAUUGAUGAGUGCCAGACCCCGGGAAUCUGCAUGAACGGGCACUGCGUCAACAACGAAGGAUCCUUCCGCUGUGACUGUCCCCCGGGCCUCGCUGUGGCUGUGGAUGGACGCGUGUGUGUUGAUACUCAUAUGCGCAGUACCUGUUAUGGUGGAAUCAAGAAGGGAGUGUGUGUGCGUCCUUUCCCUGGUGCAGUGACCAAGUCUGAAUGCUGCUGUGCCAAUCCUGACUAUGGCUUUGGAGAGCCCUGCCAACCAUGCCCCGCUAAAAAUUCAGCUGAAUUCCAUGGCCUCUGUAGUAGUGGAGUAGGUAUCACUGUGGAUGGAAGAGAUAUUAAUGAGUGUGCUUUGGAUCCUGAUAUAUGUGCCAAUGGGAUUUGUGAGAACUUAAGAGGCAGUUAUCGUUGUAAUUGCAAUAGUGGCUAUGAACCAGAUGCCUCUGGAAGAAACUGCAUUGACAUUGAUGAGUGCUUGGUAAACAGACUGCUUUGUGACAAUGGACUCUGCCGAAACACGCCAGGAAGUUACAGUUGCACAUGUCCCCCUGGCUAUGUGUUCAGGACCGAGACAGAGACCUGUGAAGAUAUAAAUGAAUGUGAAAGCAACCCAUGUGUCAAUGGAGCCUGCAGGAACAACCUUGGAUCUUUCAACUGUGAAUGCUCGCCUGGCAGCAAACUCAGCUCCACAGGAUUGAUCUGUAUUGACAGCCUGAAAGGGACGUGUUGGCUCAACAUCCAGGAUAACCGCUGUGAGGUGAACAUUAACGGAGCCACCCUGAAAUCUGAGUGCUGUGCUACACUGGGAGCUGCCUGGGGAAGCCCCUGUGAGCGCUGUGACCUGGAUGCAGCUUGCCAGAGAGGAUUUGCCAGGAUUAAGGGUGUUACUUGUGAAGAUGUUAAUGAGUGUGAGGUGUUUCCUGGCGUUUGUCCAAAUGGACGCUGUGUCAACAGCAAAGGAUCUUUUCACUGUGAGUGCUCUGAAGGCCUUACUUUGGAUGGGACUGGCCGUGUGUGUUUGGAUGUCCGCAUGGAGCAGUGCUACUUGAAGUGGGAUGAAGAUGAGUGCAUCCACCCUGUUCCUGGCAAGUUCCGCAUGGAUGCCUGCUGCUGUGCCGUUGGGGCAGCUUGGGGCACUGAGUGUGAAGAAUGUCCCAAACCUGGUACCAAGGAGUAUGAGACUCUGUGCCCCCGAGGACCUGGCUUUGCUAACAGACGGGAUGUUCUCACUGGACGGCCAUUCUACAAAGAUAUCAAUGAAUGCAAAGCCUUUCCUGGAAUGUGCACCUAUGGGAAGUGCAGAAAUACAAUUGGAAGCUUCAAGUGUCGUUGCAAUAGUGGCUUUGCACUGGACAUGGAGGAAAGAAACUGCACAGACAUCGACGAGUGCAGGAUCUCUCCUGACCUCUGUGGCAGUGGGGUCUGUGUCAAUACACCUGGCAGCUUUGAGUGUGAGUGCUUCGAAGGCUACGAAAGUGGUUUCAUGAUGAUGAAGAAUUGCAUGGACAUUGACGAAUGUGAACGUAACCCUCUCCUUUGUAGGGGUGGCACCUGUGUGAACACUGAGGGCAGCUUUCAGUGUGACUGCCCACUGGGACACGAGCUAUCACCAUCACGCGAGGACUGUGUGGAUAUUAACGAGUGCUCCUUGAGUGACAAUCUCUGUAGGAAUGGAAAAUGUGUGAACAUGAUUGGAACCUAUCAGUGUUCUUGCAAUCCUGGAUACCAGGCCACGCCAGACCGCCAGGGCUGUACAGAUAUUGAUGAGUGUAUGAUAAUGAAUGGCGGCUGUGACACCCAGUGCACCAAUUCAGAAGGAAGCUACGAAUGCAGCUGCAGUGAAGGUUAUGCCCUGAUGCCAGAUGGGAGAUCCUGUGCAGAUAUUGAUGAAUGUGAAAACAAUCCUGAUAUCUGUGACGGUGGCCAAUGUACCAACAUUCCUGGAGAGUAUCGCUGUCUCUGUUAUGAUGGCUUCAUGGCUUCGAUGGACAUGAAAACAUGCAUUGAUGUGAAUGAGUGUGACUUAAAUUCGAACAUCUGCAUGUUCGGGGAAUGUGAGAACACCAAGGGAUCCUUCAUUUGCCACUGCCAGCUGGGAUAUUCAGUGAAGAAAGGAACCACGGGAUGCACAGAUGUGGACGAGUGUGAAAUUGGUGCCCACAACUGUGACAUGCACGCCUCUUGUCUGAACAUCCCAGGAAGCUUCAAGUGUAGCUGCAGAGAAGGCUGGGUGGGGAAUGGCAUCAAAUGUAUUGAUCUGGACGAAUGUUCUAAUGGAACCCACCAGUGCAGCAUCAAUGCUCAGUGUGUAAAUACCCCAGGCUCAUACCGGUGUGCCUGCUCUGAAGGUUUCACUGGAGAUGGCUUUACCUGCUCAGAUGUUGAUGAGUGUGCAGAAAACGUAAAUCUCUGUGAAAACGGUCAGUGCCUGAAUGUCCCGGGUGCAUAUCGCUGCGAGUGUGAGAUGGGCUUCACUCCAGCCUCAGACAGCAGAUCCUGCCAAGAUAUUGAUGAAUGCUCCUUCCAAAAUAUUUGUGUCUUUGGAACAUGUAAUAACUUGCCUGGGAUGUUUCACUGUAUCUGUGAUGAUGGUUACGAAUUGGACAGAACAGGAGGGAACUGUACAGAUAUCGAUGAGUGUGCAGAUCCCAUAAACUGUGUCAAUGGGCUGUGUGUCAACACACCUGGUCGCUAUGAGUGUAACUGCCCACCUGAUUUUCAGCUGAACCCCACUGGCGUGGGUUGUGUUG